AUGUAUUUUGGUAAAAUAAUCUAUUACAUGCAUGCAAUUAAAUUUCAAAAGUGUGGUUUACCAUAUGCUCAUAUAAUAAUAAAAUUAACACCAAAUCUAAUUCGACCUCAAGACAUAGUUAAGGUUAUAAGUGCAGAAUUACCAUCCAACAAAGAUUUCAAACAAAAUCAUUUUCAUGAUUUAGUUAAACAAUUUAUAAUACAUCAAUGUACUCAAAGGUGUAAACAACAAGAUAAUCGAUAUUAUUGGAAUUACCCUCAAUCAAUACAAGAAAGCACUACAAUUAAUGAACAAGGAUAUGUUAACUAUAAAUGUCGAACUGAAAAUAAUAUUAACAUCAUGCUCUAUAAUGCUUUUCUUUUAUUAAAAUUAAAUUCUCAUAUAAAUGUUGAAGUAGCUUCUACAUUACAUGUUAUUUCUUACUUAUAUAAGUAUAUUUACAAAGGACCAGACCAGGCAAAAAUUACUAUUUAUAUGGAUAAUAAUGACAAUAAUGAAUCAGAACAUCAAAUAACUGAUGAAAUUAAAGACUAUCUUAAUGCACAUUAUCUUUCGGCUAUGGAAGCCACUUGGUAA